UCCUUUGGGACGACGUCUAUCCUCGGCUUUGGACGUUGCUGUAGCUUCUGCUUCAACGCAAGCGCAAAGAAAAAGGUAACACGGUCCAUGGCAGAGGCAGGCACCAACAACACCAAAUCCACCCAUAAAGCCAAUACCGUAAAAACCCAAAUCACUUUCUGAUCAAAGCCUCGGGAUACUUGCUAAUGGCUAGUCACACUUUCUCAUUUCUCCCAAUUUCACUCUCCACCUCCCAAAUUUGCAACGAAAAACCGCAGCACUCUUCAUUGCUCCUUCCUUUGAGUUCGUUUUACGGUAAUAAGAUAGUUAUUAGAAAAUCCAAUUUGAGCAAUUUCGUCCUCAAGUGUCAUGGCUCGACGCUUGCCACAGUGUUGUCAAGUCUCCCGACAAAGAAACACCCUUCAGAGAAGAUCCCAAAAUGGUCCGCGAGGGCGAUAAGGUCGUUUGGUAUGGGGGAAUUGGAGGCUAGGAAGCUCAAGUAUCCAAAUACUGGAACUGAAGCGCUUCUAAUGGGGAUUCUGAUUGAGGGAACAAGUCCAGCUGCAAAGUUUCUAAGGGCUAAUGGGAUCACUUUUUUCAAGGCCCGAGAAGAAACUGUGAACUUACUUGGGAAAUCUGACCUCUAUUUUUUCAGCCCUGAGCAUCCCCCAUUGACUGAACAGGCUCAAAGAGCCCUUGAUUGGGCUGUCGAUGAGAAACUAAAGUCAGGUGAUGGUGGAGAAAUAACCACCACUCAUAUACUUCUAGGGAUUUGGUCAGAAACGGAAUCCGCAGGUCACAAGAUUUUGGCAACCCUAGGUUUUAAUGAUGAAAAAGCCAAAGAGCUAGCUAAAUCUAUGAAUGGAGAUGUUGUCUUGAGCUCAAAGUAGGGAGGUCAAUAGAUUUUUCUGGAAUGUCUGGCUUGCUGAUCCAAAAACCUUAACCUGCACAGCUUCCAGACAAUAGAUUUUCUUUGUUGGUGGAGCAAGUUUGCCCUUAAGGACCUUGUUCCGUUUUGGGGAUUUGUUUCAGUUUCUCAAGCCAAAUGCUUUCUCAGCUGGAGAUUUUGAAAUUUGCAAUUUUCUGUACAGGGAAUUUUGUGGAAUCCAAAUUCUCUGGUAGUUUCUGCAAUGGAGGAUUUUCUUGCUGAUUCACUCUUGAUUUUUUGCUUUUGUUUCAAACAACUCUUAAUCAAUGUUUACUUUUGUUGGUCAUAUCAAAGUCGACCAGCUGAGUUAGCUUCAAAACCAUGAUUUGCUACCUUGACAACUCAUAAACUACCUUGUUUAAAGUCUUGUUUAACAUGAUUUACUUUGAAGCCGUGCAA